AUGCGGAGUGAAAAGGACCGUCGGACAAGUGGCAACAAAGACAUGUUCCAUUGUCAAGAUUCGGAGACCAAAAUAGCCCCGGUGGUACCUGGGUCGGCGACAAGUGGUAGUGGCGUGUCUGUCACUUCUGGAACAUUUGACAAUGAAUCAAACCCUUCAACAGAAACAAAUGAUGAUUCCAAAUCUGGUCAGACCGAUGUGGAUGUUAGUUCCACAAUAGGAAAUGUACCAAAAACGCCAUCAACUGAACGUGGAAGUGAAACUCCAGUUUCGUCUACUGAUGGAAGUACAGAAACAUCCCAAACCGGUUCUCCUAAAGAAAGCACAUCAAAGGAAUCAGCAGGGGAUAGCUCAGUAUCGAAUUCAGAUUCAAACUUAAAAGCAGUGUCGCCCAAGGACACACCACAAACAGAUUCUUCCCAAGAUAAGCCUACAUCAGAAACUAUAAAAGGUAGUGUGACAUCGAACACUGUAUCAGAUACAGCAUCAUCUUCAGACACAGCACAGACAGAUUCAACAACAAAAUCAUCUUCUGAUUCUGCGGUGCUAAACACUGUUCAGAACUCAGAGACAGUACAAUCUUCAGUUGAAACGCAAGUUGACACACCUCCAGGAAAACCAACAGACGAUAUACCAUCCAGUUCAAACCCGCCAAGUGUAGAUACAUCCGAAAACACCGAUGAUGAAACGCCAGCAUCAGAAUCUACAUCUUCUGAAAGUGCAUCUAAUAAAGUAGACGUUUCCACCACUGAAACAAAAGUGACUUCGUCAUCGGACAACUCAAACACUGAAUCGGGUGACUCGAAGACAACUUCAAGUGAUAAUUCUAAUGAGAGUGUCAACCCACCGACAUCACCCAAAGAUCAUUCUGGGAACUCGAAAGGCACGCCAAACCCUGAUAGCACUUUGGCAAAACCGUCUGCUGAUGACGAUCCGCAAGAAACGACGGCUGAUGCAGUAGCUGACACCACACACACACAAAACGAUUCGACUGGAAAUCGGGCAUCGACUGAAAAUUCAGACAGUAGUUCGAAGGAAGAAGAAGCAGACACACAACAAGUUAUCAAAACAACACCUAAACGCACAACACAGACACAAGAAACACCUAAACCAACAACAAAAAUACCAGCAACUAAAAAACCUACAACACAGAAACAAACUACUCCAAAACCUUCGACACAGAAACAAACAACUCCGAAACCUUCUGCAAAGAAACAAACAACUCCAAAUCCUUCAACAAAGAAACAAACAACUCCAAAUCCUUCAACAAAUAAACAAACAACUCCGAAACCUUCCGCAAAGAAACAAACAACUCCAAAACCUUCGACACAAAAACAAACAACUCCAAAUCCUUCAACAAAGAAACAAACAACUCCGAAACCUUCCAAACAAACAACUCCAAAUCCUACAGCACAGAAACAAACAACUCAAAAACCUUCGACACAAAAACUAACAACUCACAAACCUACAACGCAUUCACCAACAACUCCGCAACCAACAUCACUGAAAUCAACAUCAAAACCAUCAACGUCACUCAAACCUUCCUCACAAAAUCCAACUGAAAUAAAAACGGAAAAACAAACAACGCCAUCACUUAUCACGCGAAAACAAACAAAACAAUUGACAACUCCCAAACACGAAAACGCAAAAUCUACCACCCUGAAACCCAUAGAAACCAGUCAAAAACUAACCACAGCAAAAGAACAAAAACCGACGAACUCCGCAAUGACAACAAAAGCCACAGAUGGCAAACAAACAUCACAAAAACCAAUAACUAACGUUACACCACUGGAAAAUAAAAAAACGGAGAUUAAAGUAACUACACCAAAUCAAAAAGUAGAAAAAUCAACCACACAAAACUUAGUGAAACCAGAACCUACAGCGACACGAGUUGGCACAGAACGGACCAAGCCAGUGCAGUCAACACUUAAACCAACACCUCCAAAGACAGCAACACAGAAAUCAACAACAUUUAGACCAAGAAAUCCCAAACAUAAAACAGAAAAAUCAACAACUCUGAAGGUUACAAUACAGAAAUCAACAGGAUCAACAACACAGGUACAUACACUUUUCCCAGACACAUCACCAAAACCAACCACACCAAAUAUACCGACUAACGAGCAAACGACACAGGUACAUACACUUUUCCCCGAAACAUUGUCAAAACAAACCGUACCAUCGACCACAGAGCUUCAUAUACAUUUCUCUGAAACAACACAUACCAAAAGCGCACCACCAACACAAGAAACUUCAAACACAGUAACUGCCGAUGUCAAUUCAACCACAAUACCACAGAUUGACCUGGAAAAAGAAACAAAACCUCAAGAGAGUGCUUCUGCCAAUGAAUUUUCAACACAAAAUCCAACAACGCCGAAGGCUGAUUCCUUAAAAACAGUAUCAGCAAAACCAACAGUUAAUCCUUCAACUCCUAAGCAUACAAUAGUUAAACCUGCAAUGCCUAAAUCUACAACUAAAACCGCCACAGAGAAACCAGUAACGAUAAAAUCUACAACAUAUAUACCGAUACAAACUAGACCUACUUCGCCUAGUUCUGUGUCAACUAGAUACUCCACGCAUAAACCUACAACAGUCAAACUAACAAUGCCUAAGCCUUCCACUGUCAAACCUUCUAUACCUAAGCCUUCCACAGUCAAGCCUACUACACCUAAGCCUUCCACCGUCAAACUUACUACACCUAAGCCUUCCACAGUCAAGCCUACUACACCUAAGCCUUCCACAGUCAAACCUACUACACCUAAGCCUUCCACAGUCAAACCUACUACACCUAAGCAUUCCACAGUCAAGCCUACUACACCUAAGCCUUCCACAGUCAAGCCUACUACACCUAAACCUUCCAUAGUCAAACUAACAAUGCCUAAGAUUUCCACAGUCAAACUAACAAUGCCUAAGUCUUCUACAGUUAAACUUACUACACCUAAGCCUACAACGGUCAAACCUUCUACACCUAAGCUUACAACGGUCAAACCUUCUACACCUAAGCUUACAACGGUCAAACCUUCUACACCUAAGCUUACAACGGUCAUACCUUCUACACCUAAGCCUACAACGGUCAAACCUUCUACACCUAAGCCUUCCACAGUCACACUAACAUUGCCUAAGUCUUCUACAGUUAAACUUACUACACCUAAGCCUACAACGGUCAAACCUUCUACACCUAAGCUUACAACGGUCAAACCUUCUACACCUAAGCCUACAACGGUCAAACCUUCUACACCUAAGCCUACAACGGUCAAACCUUUUACACCUAAGCCUUCCACAGUCACCCUAACAAUGCCAAAGAUUUCCACAGUCAAACUUACCAAGCCUAAGCCUACAACAUUCAAUGUUAAAGCUACGUAUACUAUUUCUCAAUAUACAACGCCUAAAGCUGUAACAGUUGAUUCUAAGAAGCCCAAACCUGCUGCUUUUGAACUUACAACACCGCCUACUACAAUUAAUAAACUUAAGGAACCUAAACAUGAUACAUCUGUGUUAGAUAAUGCUGCAAACGCAACUACUAUACAACGUGCCUUUUCCAAACAUACAACAGUCAAACCUACAACACAAAAACCUGUAACAAUAUAUCCUUCAUCAGCUAGACCUGAACCAGGAAACUCUACAAUGUCUAGAGUCACAACAGACAAACCUACAACACAAAAACCUGAAGCAAUACAUCCUUCAUCAGCUAGACCUGAACCAGGUAACUCUACAAUGUCUAGAGUCACAACAGACAAACCUACAACACAAACACUUGUAGCAAUACAUCCUUCAUCAGCUAGACCUGAACCAGGCAACUCUACUGUGACUAGAGUCACAACAGUCAAACAUACAACACAAAAACCUGUAACAAUACAUCUUUCAUCAGCUAGACCUGAACCAGGCAACUCUACAAAGUCUGUAGUCACAACAGUCAAACCUACAACACAAAAACCUGUAGCAAUACAUCAUACAUCAGCUAGACCUGAAACAGGUUACUCCUCAAUGUCUGUAGUCACAACAGUGAAACCUACAACACAAAAACCUGUAAUAAUACAUCCUUCAUCAGCUAGACCUGAACCAGGUAACUCUACAAUGUCUGUAGUCACAACAGUCAAACCUACAACACAAUUACCUGUAGCAAUACAUCCUACAUCAGCUAGACCUAAAACAGGUAACUCUACAAUGUCUGUAGUCACAACAGUCAAACCUACAACACAAUUACCUGUAACAAUACAUCCUUCAUCAGCUAGACCUGCACCAGGUAACUCUACAAUGUCUAGAGUCACAACAGUCAAACAUACAACACAAUUACCUGUAACAAUACAUCCUUCAUCAGCUAGACCUGAACCAGGUAACUCUACAAUGUCUAGAGUCACAACAGUCAAACCUACAACACAAAAUCCGGUAGCAAUACAUCCUUCAUCAGCUAGGACUGAACCAGGCAACUCUACUGUGUCUAGAGUCACAACAGUCAAACAUACAACACAAAAACCUGUAACAAUACAUCUUCCAUCAGCUAGACCUGAACCAGGCAACUCUACAAAGUCUGUAGUCACAACAGUCAAACCUACAACACAAAAACCUGUAGCAAUACAUCCUACAUCAGCUAGACCUGAACCAGGCAACUCUACUGUGUCUAGAGUCACAACAGUCAAACAUACAACACAAAAACCUGUAACAAUACAUCUUCCAUCAGCUAGACCUGAACCAGGUAACUCCACAAUAUCUAGAGUCACAACAGUCAAACCUACAACACAAUUACCUGUAACAAUACAUCUUUCAUCAGCUAGACCUGAACCAGGCAACUCUACAAAGUCUGGAGUCACAACAGUCAAACCUACAACACAAAAACCUGUAAUAAUACACCCUUCAUCAGCUAGACCUGAAACAGGUAACUCCUCAAUGUCUGUAGUAACAACAGUCAAACCUACAACACAAUUUCCUGUAACAAUACAUCUUUCAUCAGCUAGACCUGAACCAGGUAACUCCACAAUGUCUAGAGUCACAACAGUCAAACAUACAACACAAAAACCUGUAGCAAUACAUACUACAUCAGCUAGACCUGAACCAGGCAAUUCUACAAUGUCUGCAGUCACAACAGUCAAACCUACAACACAAAAACCUGUAGCAAUACAUCCUUCAUCAGAUAGACCUGAAACAGGUAACUCCUUAAUGUCUAGAGUCACAACAGUCAAACCUACAACACAAAAACCUGUAGCAAUACAUCCUACAUCAGCUAGACCUGAAACAGGUAACUCCUCAAUGUCUGUAGUCACAACAGUCAAACCUACAACACAAUUACCUGUAACAAUACAUCCUUCAUCAGCUAGACCUGAACCAGGUAACUCUACAAUGUCUAGAGUCACAACAGUCAAACCUACAACACAAUUACUUGUAGCAAUACAUCCUUCAUCAGCUAGACCUGAACCAGGUAACUCUACAAUUUCUAGAGUCACAACAGUCAAACCUACAACACAAUUACCUGUAACAAUACAUCCUACAUCAGCUACACCUGAAACAGGUAACUCCUCAAUGUCUGUAGUCACAACAGUCAAACCUACAACACAAUUACCUGUAACAAUACAUCCUUCAUCAGCUAGACCUGAACCAGGUAACUCUACAAAGUCUGUAGUCACAACAGUCAAACCUAAAACACAAAAACCUGUAACAAUACAUCCUUCAUCAGCUAGACCUGAACCAGGCAACUCUACAACAGUCAAACCUGAAACACAAAAACCUGUAACAAUACAUCCUUCAUCAGCUGGACCUGAACCAGGUAAUUCUACAAUGUCUAGAGUCACAACAGACAAACUUACAACACAAAAACCUGUAGCAAUACAUCCUUCAUCAGCUAGACCUGAACCAGGUAACUCUACAAUGUCUAGAGUCACAACAGACAAACCUACAACACAAACACCUAUAGCAAUACAUCCUUCAUCAGGCAGACCUGAACCAGGUAACUCUACAAUGUCUAGCGUCACAACAAUCAAACCUACAACACAAAAACCUGUAACAAUACAUCCUUCAUCAGCUAGACCUGAACCAGGUAACUCUACUGUGUCUAGAGUCACAACAGUCAAACCUACAACACAAUUACCUGUAACAAUACAUCCUACAUCAGCUAGACCUGAACCAGGUAACUCCUCAAUGUCUGUAGUCACAACAGUCAAACCUACAACACAAUUACCUGUAACAAUACAUCCUUCAUCAGCUAGACCUGAACCAGGUAACUCUACAAAGUCUGUAGUCACAACAGUCAAACCUAAAACACAAAAACCUGUAACAAUACAUCCUUCAUCAGCUAGACCUGAACCAGGCAACUCUACAACAGUCAAACCUGAAACACAAAAACCUGUAACAAUACAUCCUUCAUCAGCUGGACCUGAACCAGGUAAUUCUACAAUGUCUAGAGUCAUAACAGACAAACUUACAACACAAACACCUGUAGCAAUACAUCCUUCAUCAGGUAGACCUGAACCAGGUAACUCUACAAUGUCUAGCGUCACAACAAUCAAACCUACAACACAAAAACCUGUAGCAAUACAUCCUUCAUCAGCUAGACCUGAACCAGGUAAUUCUACAAUGUCUAGAGUCACAACAGUCAAACCUACUACACACAAACCUGUAGCAAGGAACUAUUCCUCACCUACAAUAAAAAUAUUUAGUCCAACACCAGGAAUAGCUAUACUUCAAAACACGACACUCGCGUCAGGUACGAAUAAAAACACGACGGCCGGAUCGUCAACUUUUCUACACUCGACACGUUCAACAUUCCUUCCAGCAGAGAAUUCAACAACGGUACAGUUCACGCUUGUAACAGAUAGCACUGACUCCCCGAAGACAAAAGUCCCUGCGAUGUCAACAACUACGGCAGCAGAUACGUCCACAACGGCAGAGUUCACACUUGUAACAGAUAGCACUGACUCCCCAAAGACAAAAGUCCCAGCGAUGUCAACAACUACGGCAGCAGAUACGUCCACAACGGCAGAGUUCACACUUGUAACAGAUAGCACUGACUCCCCGAAGACAAAAGUCCCAGCGAUGUCAACAACUACGGCAGCAGAUACGUCCACAACGGCAGAGUUCACACUUGAAACAGAUGGCACUUACUCCCCGAAAACCAAAGCCCGUGAGAUGCCAGCAUCUACGCCGGCAGAUACGUCCACAACGGCAGAGUUCACACUUGUAACAGAUAGCACUGACUCCCCGAAGACAAAAGUCCCAGCGAUGUCAACAACUACGGCAGCAGAUACGUCAACAACGGCAGAGUUCACACUUGAAACAGAUGGCACUGACUCCCCGAAGACAAAAGUCCCAGCGAUGUCAACAACUACGGCAGCAGAUACGUCCACAACGGCAGAGUUCACACUUGUAACAGAUAGCACUGACUCCCCGAAGACAAAAGUCCCAGCGAUGUCAACAACUACGGCAGCAGAUACGUCCACAACGGCAGAGUUCACACUUGAAACAGAUGGCACUGACUCCCCGAAAACCAUAGCCCCAGCGAUGUCAACAACUACGGCAGCAGAUACGUCAACAACGGCAGAGUUCACACUUGAAACAGAUGGCACUUACUCCCCGAAAACCAGAGCCCCAGAGAUGCCAGCAUCUACGCCGGCAGAUAUGUCCACAACGGCAGAGUUCACACUUGUAACAGAUGGCACUUACUCCCCGAAAACCAGAGCCCCAGAGAUGCCAGCAUCUACGCCGGCAGAUACGUCCACAACGGCAGAGUUCACACUUGUAACAGAUAGCACUGACACCCCGAAGACAAAAGUCCCAGCGAUGUCAACAACUACGCCGGCAGAUAUGUCCACAACGGCAGAGUUCACACUUGAAACGGAUGGUACUGAAUCACCCACGACAAAUGUCCCUGCUUUGUCUACAAUAGCAGAGAAGUUAACAACGGCACAAUUUACAGUCAAAACAGACCGAACGAAAAACCCUACAACUACAGCAAAGUCGUCUAUAGAUCGAACAAGUACCUCAAUAUCUUCUUCGCAAAAUUUAUUUAAACCAACAGGCACAACCCAGAUCAGAACCAAAGUCGAUGACCACGUAACCACACCACAUCAACCAACCUCACAAAAACGUACAACUCAACAACACCAACACACAACUUCACAACAACGUUCAACUCAACAACACCAACACACAACUUCACAAAAACGUACAACUCAACAACACCAACACGCAACUUCACAACAACGUACAACUCACGAACACCAACACACAAUCUCACAAAAACACCAACAUACAACACAAUUUACGACUCCGCAACAUGAGCAUAAAUCUUCACAACGUACUACUCAGCAGCAUCGACAUAGAAAUUCACAACAUACGACUCCACAACACCGACAUCGAACAUCGGAACAAAGUACAACUCCACCACACACAACUUCAGAACAACGUACACUUCCACCACAACCUCGCACAACUUCAAAACAAUUUUCUACGGCAUCUAGCACAGACUAUGACCAUCCAGCACAAUCACAGCCUGUUACAUCGUCCAUCACGAAACCACACGACCAUACAACCAAAUCACCAUUGUUACAAGUGAUUCCUUCUACUACUAUUCCAUAUGAUGAAAUUGAUCUCGAAGAAGAUUUGCCGGAUAAUUACAACGCCCCAUUUGUAAAUCACCCUACUAUUGUGUCAACGGCCUUAAUUGCUGCUCUCUCCUUCGGAGUCCUCUUUUUCUUUGCUGUAACAGCGAUAGUGGGGAAGAGGUGUUACGAUGGCUGGCAGCGACGCCAUUACUCCAGAGUUGAUUAUUUGAUUAAUGGAAUAUAUAAUUAG